GAGCCAGCCGCAGAGGCAGGACAUGGCUGCCCGGGAGGCGGAUCGGAGCCGAACUGGGACCGGAGAGACCCCCCCAUCCAGCUCCGGGGGAUUCCCCGACCCCAACCUGGCCGGGAUCCCCCACAUGGAGCCAGGGGAAGAGCCGAGGGCCCUGGAUCUCCAGGGCUCCGAGGAAAGAGAGACCCCGAGAGGCGCCCACCCAGCAGGUGCCGGGGCAGCCAGUGAGAACGAGGAGGAGAAUCCCCAGCAAGAAGGGCCUGCAGAACCUGAGCGACACGCGCCGUCCUGGAGCCCCGAGCAGGGAGACGUCGGUGGGGCGGGACGGCAGGGAGGAAACCUCCCAAGGGAGAGCUCUGCUGAGCGAGAGGGAGAUCCCUGGCAGCUCCAAGACUCCUCUGGGCGUCCGGAGGGGAGACUGGCCAUAUGUGGGCAGUGUGGGGAGAGCUUCUCUCAAUACAAAGACCUCGCUGAGCACCAGAGAUCCCACAGAGAGGAGAGGCCCCAUCAAUGCCCUGACUGCGGGAAGGGUUUCACCUGCAGUUCCCACCUCCUCCAGCACCAGCGCACCCACACGGGCGAGAGACCCUUCCAGUGCCCCGACUGCGGGAAGGGCUUUGGGGUCAGCUCCCACCUAGUUGUCCACCAGCGGGUCCACACCGGGGAGCGGCCCUACAAAUGCCCCGACUGCGGGAAGGGCUUCAGCCAGAGCUCCCACCUGGCCAAGCACCAGCGCACCCACACCGGGGAGCGGCCCUAUAGGUGUGCGGCCUGUGGGAAGAGCUUUGGGGACAGCUCCUACCUGAUCCAGCACCAGCACGCCCACACCGGGGAACGCCCUGGCGUGGGCGGUGAGAUGGGUGCAGAGGACAGGCCUCACCCGUGCCCCCAGUGCGGGAAGAGCUUUGGCACCAAACUGGCCCUGAGCCGGCAUCAGACGGUGCACAGCGAGGAGCGGCCCUAUGAGUGUGCUGAGUGCGGGAAGAGCUUCAAGCUCAGCCGGCUGCUCAUCCAACACCAGCGGAUCCACACCGGGGAGCGGCCCUACCGCUGCCCCGACUGCGGGCAGAGCUUCGGCCGCAGCUCCCACCUCCGCUCCCACCAGCACGUCCACACCGGGGAGAAACCCCACCCCUGCCCUGACUGCGGGAAGGGCUUCAGCCACAGCUUCCAGCUGGCUCAGCACCGGCGCGUCCACACGGGGGAGCGGCCCUACGGGUGCCCCGCCUGCGGGCGCAGCUUCAGCCACCGCUCCACCCUCAUCAAGCACCAGCGCACCCACACCGGGGAGCGGCCCUACCACUGUGCCCAGUGCGGCAAGAGCUUCAACUGGAGCUCCGCGUUCAACAAGCACCGCCGGACCCACUCGGAGGAGCGGCCCUUCCGCUGCUCGGACUGCGGGAAGGGCUUCCGCGAGAGCUGCACCCUCAUCCAGCACCAGAAGAUCCACUCGGAAGAGAAACCCUACAAAUGCCCCGACUGCUGCAAGAGCUUCAGCCUCAGCUCCUACCUCGCCAAGCACCAGAAAAUGCACACGGGUGAAAAACCCUUCAAGUGCGACGAGUGUGGGAAGAGCUUUGUGGCCAGCUCGGCCUUGCUCACACACCGGCGUGUCCACUCCGGGGAGCAGCCCUACCGUUGUGCCGACUGUGGCCGGCACUUCAGCCGCAGCUCCAACCUGAUCCGGCACCAGCGCACCCACCGAGAACUGCGGCCCCACCAGUGCCCCGAUUGCGGGAAGAACUUCGCUGAGGCCUCCUGCUUCCUGCAGCACCGACAUUCCCAUGCAGGCGAGCGCCCCUACCUCUGCCCUGACUGCGGGAAGAGCUUCCGCCACCGCUCCGCCCUCCUGGCCCACCGCCGCACCCACCUGGGGGAGCGGCCCUACACGUGCUCCGAUUGCGGGAGGAGCUUCCACCAGAGCUCCCAGCUCUCCGCCCACUGCCGGGUUCACCUGGGCGUCAGGCCCUUCCAGUGCCCUGACUGUGGGAAGAGCUUCUUGGACAGUUCCUCGCUGAUCAUCCACCAGCGCAUCCACACCGGAGAGAAACCCUACAGGUGCCCCGAGUGCGGGCGCAGCUUCAGCCGCAGCUCCAACCUCCUCCGGCAUCAGCGCAUCCAUGCCAGGGAGCAGCCUUUCAAGUGCCCCCAGUGUGGGAGGAGCUUCCGGGAUGGCUCGGGUCUGGCUCAGCACGAGGGGUCCCACCUGAAAGCCAAGACAUACCAGUGCACCCAGUGUGGGAAGGGUUUCAGCCAGAGCGCCACCCUCAUUAGGCAUCAGAGGAUUCACACCGGGGAGCGGCCCUACACCUGCCCUGAGUGCGGGAAGAGCUUCAGCCAGAGCUCCACCCUCUUCCGACACCGGAGGAUCCACACAGGCGAAAGGCCCUACAAGUGUCCCCAGUGUGGGAAAAGCUUCAUCGAGAGCUCGGCCCUGAUCCAGCAUCAGAGAAGUCACACGUGACAGAGGCCACUAGGGGAGUGCAUCCGUUGGAAGUCAACCAUUGGCCAGUAUCAGUGUGGUGUCGGCCGGAGCAGGUGCUUGGAAUAUUAUGGAUUCAUUGGCGGGAGGAGAACAUCAACCAUUGGCCAAAGUCAAUGUGGCAUUGGCAUGACAGCAUGGCUGGAACAUCGUAGAUUAAUUGGCUGGAGGAGAGCAUCAGCUAUUGACCAAUAUCACUAUGGUGUUGUUGUGCAUUUGUGUCUGGAUUAUCAUAAAUUAAUCAACCGGAGGAGAAGGUCAACCACUGGCCAAUGUCAACAUGGUUUUCGUGUGAGAAUGUGGCUGGAUUAUUGUAGAUUAAUCAACCUGAGGAGAAGA